AUGGCCGUCGCAAAAUCUAAGUUUACUCCCAACGGUGCUGGCAAGCAGACCAAGCCCACCUUGUCCACUGACGCCAUUACCACCUCUGCCUCACCCACCAGCGAGUCCACUCCCACUUCUGCUAUGUAUGGGCAUGGAAAGCCGGAGAAAGCCAUAUAUGAGCGUGAGCAGGAACAAAUCAAGACAGAGAUUGAUGCUCUCCAAGUCAAGCUGUCUGCCGUGAAGGACAAGCUCGCCUCCGCUGGAAGAGGUGGACCUUCGAGUGACAGGCGUAACGCUCUGAGGGCCGAACUGGACAGCGUUCGUGGCCAGCAGUCCACCGGCAAGGCUAGUCGCGGUAAAAUCUUGGACCAGCUCAAGAGCCUGCAGGACAAUAUCCAGAAGAAGAUCAAGGAUCUCAAUACCGCAAAGGCCAAGAUACCCUACAGGAGCGUCGCAGAAGUCGAUGAGCGUAUCAGGCAAUUAGAGAAGCAGGUCGAGUCGGGCAAUUUGAAGCUUGUAGAGGAGAAGCGUGCCUUGGCAGAAAUCAGCCAGUGUAAGCGGAGUCGCCGCGCAGUGGAAGGUUUCCAGGCAGAGCAGGAUUCUAUAGAGGCCGACCGCGCAGUGGCGGAGGAACUCCGGAGGGAGCUGGAAGAUCCAGAGGCCAAGGCUGCGUCGGAGCGCUACGACGCGAUCAGGGCCGAACUCGAUGAGAUCAAGAAGGAAGGCGACGAGGCGUACGCACACAGAAGCAAGCUACUGGAUGAGCGCACCGCGCUGCAGGGCCAGUUGGACGUGUUGUACAACCAGAAGCGCGACUCCGCUCAGCGAUUCCGCGAAGCAAACGACAAGUAUUGGUACAAGGUAAACGAGGAUCGCGCGAGGCGGGCAGAGCGGCAACGCGCACAGCGUGCUGCCGAGGAGGAGGCGAAGAAGAAGGAGCUCGCCGAUCGUCUGCGCGAGGAAGCGGAUGCUCCUGCUUUCCAAUCAAAUAUCGAGGACUGCCAGACAUUGAUUGAUUUCUUCUUUGGAAAGACCUCGGCCACACCGUCAUCCCCUACUCCCGUGAAGACGGACUUGGAGGGCGUACCACAACUGGAAUUGCGCACGGUAGAGGGGUCGACUGAUGGUUUGGUGGUUCGGAAGAAGAAGGGUGAGGACGAGCAAUUGUACUUCGUCAGCAGCAAGGGGAAGAAGUCGAAGAAGACCCAUCAUGGUGGACCCAAAGCCAUCGCACUUUCGGAGGGCAACAGUAGCGACGCGUCUGGGAGCCAAAAUCAGGUGCACGUCCCACUACCCACACUUUCUGCCCUUCUUUCGCUGUCAAUAUCGCCUCCGACGUCUCCAGCGGAUCUGCUACGCGUCGUCGAAGAUCUCAAGAUCAAAAAGGCAUGGUUCGAGGCCAAUCAAGCGCGUGUAACGGCAGAAAACAAGGAGAAGGCGGAAGCGCAGAUCAGGCGCCUCACUGGCAAGAUUGAUAGCAAAGGUGACGCCCCUUCACCAGCUGUGGAAGUUACAUCCUCAAAUGGAGGUGGAGAACGACCACCAGAACCUGCGCCUACUCCGGCUACUGCUCCCCCGCCGUCAAUCGCUGUGCCAAGUGAGGAUGUCGCGGAGGAGCUGGAGAUCGUUGAGGAGCAACCGAACGGGGAAGUCAAGGGAGAAGCCCAAGAGUGA